AUGUACUCAAGGCAAGGGGGAUUCCACCUCGAAUACAAGAGACGCUCCCUGAAUCGAAGCGUCUCUAGCCUUGUGCCUUCGGUCGCCACGCCGACAGAUACUGUCAAGAAGGAACAGCUCGUCAAUCAAAUCAGCGAUGAGGAUGUGAUGCCAUUAGAGCCUGUCGAUACACCGGCAGCGAGCCAGUGUGUAUGCCAUACAUGGCGCGUGCCACUAAAAUGA